UUAUCGGGAGAGAAUGGAUAUGCGCUGAGCUGUUCCACACCUCCGCGCCGGUGAUCGACAGCUGUGGAUCUCCUCGUCAAUCCUGGCUCUGACACUGGCGACUCCAGUCGGGGAUGAGUGAGGAGACGCGGAGCUGCGGCGACCAUCUCCGGAGUCCAGAGCGCAUCAUCUCUCACCAUGACAACCUUCGACUUCUCCGACGUGGAAGCGUUCUUGGACUGCCACCCGGAUCUCUUUGAGGAGUAUUUAGUCCGCAAGGCGAAGUGUGACCAGAUCGGCAGGUGGUUGAAGGUUCACCAGCCCUCCAAAGUGUCCGGCUCGGAGGAGAGACGCGGCGCGCUCCGGGAUCCUCUCUGGCCGUCGAACCCGGACGGUCUGCGGAGGAGAUCAUCCCACAUGGAGCUGCGGCGCAACUUCGCCCGCUCCAAAGCCACCACCGCUCACCGGACCUACGACGAGCACGUCAGCUUGAUCGAACACGAGGAUCAGUCCAGCAUGAGGCGCCGUGCGCUCCUGCGUAAAGCCAGCUCUCUGCCACCGACCACUGCGCACAUCCUCAGCGCGCUGCUGGAAUCCAGAGUCAACGUGCCCCAGUACGCAUCCAGCGCCAUCGACUACAAGUACCGGCUGAAGGAGACCAACGAGCGGGAGUUCUUCUUGGAGCUAGUAAAAGACAUCUCCAACGAGCUGGACCUGACCAACCUCAGCUACAAAAUCCUGAUUAACGUGUGCAUUCUGGUGGACGCGGACAGAUGUUCUCUGUUCCUGGUGGAGGGUCCGGCGCACAAGAGGACUCUGGUCUCCAAGUUCUUUGACGUCCAUUCGGGCACCACAGUCAGACCCUCAUCCAACACCCUGAACUCCAACGAGGUGCAGGUGCCCUGGGGAAAGGGCAUCAUCGGGUACGUGGCAGAGCAUGGAGAGACUGUCAACAUCCCCAACGCUUAUGAGGACCACCGCUUCAGCGACGAGAUCGACAAGCUAACAGGGUACAAGACUCAGUCGAUCCUCUGCAUGGCCAUCUGCAACAGUGACGGCGAGGUCAUCGGCGUGGUGCAAGCCAUCAACAAAAACCCCAUGGGCACCCCCUUCACCGAGGACGACGAGAAGGUGCUGCAGAUGUAUCUACCCUUCUGUGGAAUAUCCAUCUCAAAUGCCAAGCUGUUUUCCGAGUCGCGCAAGGAGUACGAGAGGAGUCGGGCUCUCCUGGAGGUGGUGAAUGACCUGUUUGAGGAGCAGACGGACCUGGAGAAGAUUGUCCGGAAGAUCAUGCAGCGAGCGUUGACCCUGCUGCAGUGUGAACGCUGCUCAGUGCUGCUGCUGGAGGACAUCGACUCUCCGGUGGUGAAGUUCUCCAAAACUUUUGAGCUCAUGUCUCCUUUGUGCAACAUGGACCGAGACAUUAGCAGCAUGGAGAAGCUUUCAUGCUCCGACUGGCUGAUCAAUAACAGCAUCGCAGAGCUGGUGGCUUCUACUGGACUUCCUGUAAACAUCAGCGACGUCUGCCAGGACCCCCGCUUUGAUGCUGAGGCUGAUCAAGCAUCAGGAUUUCACAUCAGGUCUGUGUUGUGCGUCCCAAUCUGGAACAGAACUCACCAGAUCAUCGGAGUGGCACAAAUCCUGAACCGCCUGGACAGGAAAACCUUCAACGAUGCUGACCAGAGACUUUUUGAGGCGUUUGUGAUAUUCUGCGGACUCGGGAUCAACAACACAAUGAUGUACAAUCAAGUGAAGAAGACCUGGGCCAAACAGUCGGUGGCUUUAGAUAUGUUGUCCUACCAUGCAACCUGCUCCAAAGUGGAAGUGGACAGACUGAAGGCAGCCAAGAUCCCCUUGAGCAGCGAGCUGGGCAUUGAUGAGUUUCACUUCAACGACUUCUCUUUGGACAACGACGCCAUGAUCACAGCAUCGCUGCGAAUGUUCUUGGAGCUUGGGGUCGUCCAAAAGUUCAAAAUCGACUAUGAGGUGCUGUGCCGCUGGCUGCUCACUGUGAGGAAGAACUACAGAACUGUUGCUUAUCACAACUGGAGACACGCGUUCAACGUGUCCCAGUGCAUGUUCGUCAUGAUCACAACUGCCAGCUUCCAGGACGUGUUAUCAGAUGCUGAGAUUUUGGCUCUGAUGGUCGGGUGUCUGUGUCAUGACCUGGACCACCGUGGCACCAACAACGCCUUCCAAGCCAAGACUGGCUCGGCACUGGCCUUGCUCUACGGCACUUCAGCGACUCUGGAACAUCAUCAUUUCAAUCACGCGGUGAUGAUCCUCCAAAGUGAGGGUCACAACAUCUUCGCCAACCUCUGCUCCAAAGAGUACAGCAACAUGAUGCAACUGUUGAAGCAGGCCAUUCUCUCCACAGACCUGACGCUGCACUUCGAGCGCAGGAGCAAGUUUUUCGAGUGCGCUCUAUCUGGAGAAUUCAGCUGGACGGAUGAAGGACACAGAGAAAUCCUCAGGUCGAUGCUGAUGACAGCCUGUGACCUGGGCGCCGUCACGAGACCCUGGAAGAUUUCCAAACAGGUUGCAGAGCUGGUGACCAGUGAGUUCUUUGAGCAAGGCGACAGAGAGAGGUCGGAACUGAAGAUGACGCCAGCGGCCAUUUUUGACCGAAAUCGCAAAGAUGAGUUACCAGUCCUACAGCUGGAAUGGAUCGAUGGCAUCUGCAAGCCUCUUUACCAGUCACUGUUCAAGCUGAACAGGAAGCUCCAGCCCAUGGUCGACGGGAUCGACGCCAACCGGAGGAAGUGGCAGGAACUGUGCUCCUCUUAUCAACAAUCUCGACGCGCGUCUGAGUCAAGGUCAAGUCGUGAGUCCCCCAAUCCUGAUCUCACAGUCCAGCCAAAGGACGGCACACGUGAAUCCAAGUCCAGUCAGGAUGUGCUCAUCGGAGACAACAAGAAAGAAAGUGUCCAGAAGAAGUAAGCUCAAGACUUGGGAUUUGACCCAGUCCUGUGAUGACACGCCCGUGAAGGGAUACAUGACAGUUUACAGUUCAAACCGCACAUCUUUCCCAGACUGAGUCAGAUUCAGGGGUCGGCCCUUUCGAAGGGCAGUUUCUACAUUUCUACUGAAUUCCUCAAAAGCUUUUUAUCCACUAUUAGCAACCAAACCAAAGUUGUGAUCACUGUUUGUUUCGGGACCUGAAGUGACCCAUGAAGACGCCUUGAAUACAGAUAUUCACUGUGAAGAUCUCAGUCUCGGCAAGUCGCCCUCCUGAAUGUAGACUGGAGCAUGACGGUGUUCCUGAAUGUCACUCACUGAUGUCUUACCUCGUCUGCAUGUCGCUGCAGCAUGAGGUGGUUCCUGACAUUUGCAGCUGAACUGAGCCUUUUGAUCAACUUAGCCAUGAACACAUCUCGACGCAGUGCAUGUGUGUGUGUCAUGUCUCAACACAACUCAACGUUACACAAAAAUACUUUAAUUCCCAAGAUUUUUGCAACACUUCAUUUAAAAAAGUACAAAAGCUAAUAUGUUCUAAUCGGCAUCAAAUGCUAUUUUUCUGAGUCAGGCAAAACUGUACCUCUUAAAAAUGUGUUUUUGGUUGUUACUGGUGCUGCAGUGUGGGCAUGUGUGCUUUUGUGAUGGUUUCCUCAGAGCAUCAUUUAUUUAGUUUAUUUCUUUGGCAUUUUAUUUGCUGUCUUCUGUUUAUUGAAGUAUUUCUUCUACUGAAGUAUUAUCUGAGAUUUUUCCUUCUUUUUGUGUUUCAAACAUUAAAGUUCAAGUGCUUUGCAGUGGGAUAACAAAAAAUAAAAUCAAUGCACAACCUCUUAUUUUUCAAAUAAAUGAAAAAUAUUAAUGAAGGAGCACCUGAAUAUACAGAAUAUAGAUAAUAAAUGAUUAAAAAAAGAAAUAUAAUUGUGUCUAAUAUAAUGGUGUAUAAAUAUUAACAACAAAAGAAUCGCAUAGGAAAUUUUGAAAUAAAUAAAUAUAUAGUUGUGAAAAUGUGGACAUAAAUUAAUCGAGAAACAAAUGAAGUAUAUUCAAAACAGAAAUUGUGAAAUAAACAGAAAUUAUUUACAGAAUUGGGGAAAUUAAUAACACAAUAUAAAUGCGUGGAGGAAUAAAUAUUUAGCACACAAAAAGAGAAAUAAAUACAUAGAUGAGGGAACAUAAAUAAGAUUCUCCUCAUUAACAAUAACAAUAAUAAACUCCUCAAUAAAUAUGUAUGCUAGACAGCCAUAAUCUGUAUUUAUGCUGUUUGUUUUCGAAGAUUUGUUGUUAUUGGCAUUGUUGACUUGUUCACUGCUAUAGAGCCAACAGCACUGUUAGCCAGUGGCAAAUCCAAUGUUCACCUUUCCAAAACAUUAAGCAUCAAAUGAAAAUCUUUGCUGUCAUUUCUCCAAUAGUGGAAGCAUCUGAAAAUUCCUGUUUGUAUUUUGAAGCUCUUUGCUGCUUGUUUAAAGAGUUUAAGAGUGUCCGUUUACUUUGUUGACUCUCCAUGCGUUUUCUUUCUCGGACUGAAUCGCAUGCUGGUUAUUUGGAUUACCGUGAGAAAUGCAUGUUGGAACUGAAAACCUUUAUUGCCCAAUGAGAUUUGCUUUGCAUGAUGGGAACGUUGCUGCUGCGCUUCUGUCCCGCGCAGACGAAGAUUUCUAUUUUCACAUGGUCGCCGCCUCUAUGAAAGGUAUUUUUUUCAGACACUGAAAACUAUAUUUAUGUCAAACGACUGGUAUUUUGUUUCUGAAAAAUUUGUACUCCUCACAAAACUCAAGAAGAGAAGGA